GUCUCGUACAUGCUCAACAGGUAACUGUGGCAGAAAAAAUGUCCAUUCCUAACGACACCCACUUUCAUCCUUCUUCAUUCAUUUUGCUGGGCAUCCCAGGACUAGAAGGUGUGCAUGUCUGGAUUGGAUUCCCUUUUUUCUUUCUGUAUCUUGUUGCACUCCUGGGGAAUGCUGCUGUCCUGUUUGUGAUCCAGACUGAGCAUAUUCUCCAUGAGCCCAUGUACUACUUCCUGGCCAUGUUGGACUCCAUCGACCUGGGCUUGUCCACUGCCACCAUCCCCAAAAUGCUAAGCAUCUUCUGGUUCGGCCUCAGGAAUAUAUCUUUUGAGAGCUGUCUUUCCCAGAUGUUCUUCAUUCACUUCUUCACUGCUAUGGAGAGCAUCGUGUUGGUGGCCAUGGCCUUUGACCGCUACAUUGCCAUUUGUAAACCUCUUCGGUAUACCAUGAUCCUCACCAGCAAAAUCAUCAGCAUUAUUGCCGCCAUCGCUAUUCUACGGAGCCUGUACAUGGUGGCCCCACUGGUGUUUCUUCUCCUGAGACUGCCCUUCUGUGGGCAUCAUAUCAUUCCUCAUACCUACUGUGAGCAUAUGGGCAUUGCCCGCCUGGCUUGUGCCAGCAUCAAAAUGAAUAUUAUGUUUGGCCUUGGCAACAUUUCUCUCUUAUUAUUGGAUGUGCUUCUUAUUAUUCUCUCCUAUUUCAGGAUCCUUUAUGCAGUCUUUCUCCUACCCUCCUGGGAAGCCCGGUUCAAAGCCCUCAACACGUGUGGCUCCCACAUUGGUGUUAUCUUAGCCUUUUUCACACCAGCAUUUUUUUCUUUCUUGACACAUCGUUUUGGCCACAACAUCCCCCGAUAUGUCCACAUUCUCUUAGCCAACCUAUAUGUGGUUGUUCCACCAGCCUUCAAUCCUGUAAUCUAUGGAGUUAGGACCAAACAGAUUAGGGAGAAAGUUUUGAGGAUUUUUUAUUUUAAAGAUGGUUAA